UUUUUUUUUUUGCGUAGCAAAACAAAUGGAUAAUAUUUCAUUUAAGCUAUUGGACACAUUCACGGUGAAAAGCAUUUAAUUAAAAUGUCCACCGAGGAACUAAAAGAACGUGAAUAUGGUGCCGCAUUGGAGGACGAAGAGAAUCCAUAUGCGAUUGGCGCCAAACCGCCACGAACGCCGGUAGAUGAUGCGGCCGCCGAGCUGAAUGCCAGCCUGGACAUCAGCGGCUCGACGGAGCCCUCAGACGGGGAUGAGGGCUGGGCAGAUCGGUCGCAUGAAACGAGUGCCGCAUCCGAGCAAUGUGAUACAACAGACGAAACGGUGCAGGCGCCGGCGCCGGUUCCGGUCCCAGUGCCGGUGCCGGUGGCGAUACCGAUGCCGCCUCGACCGCAAACAUACUUGGGCGCUCACCAUAGUCCCGUGUCGGAGGAAGAGGAGGAGAACAGCAGCGCAAGUAGUUCAAGCAGCGGCGAGCACAGCGGCGAGUCGGCCGCAGUACGUUCCGACGAUGCCAGCGAUGACUCGGACGAUGAGGCUUCGCCCACCACCGUGGUCGAUGUGAGCGACUUGACCGGCAACGAUGACUACAGCUGCGGUCCGACUGCUGAAAAUGUGGAAAACGUUGCCGAAUCCGGUACGGAGGCAGCCAAAGCAGCGGAAACUGAGCAGAUCGCAGCGGAAGCCUUGCCUGAAGGCGAAGAGCCAAUGGAGGUUGAGGGCCAGCCAAUAACCGAGAUGGAAGCGGAUACGGAUGCGGAAAUGGCAACGGCAACGGGCAUCGAGGAGGCAGUGGACGUGGCGGAAAUGCAAAUCGAAGGUGAAGUGGAAGCAGAAACGGAAACGGAAAUGGUUGCGCCAGCGGAAGUGCCCGAAACGCCCGAAUCGCCGACUGACGAUGGCGAGGAGCCCAUCGAUCUGCUGCCGCCCUACAAGCGCGGACGCUACAUAUCCGUGCACGCCGACGAUCACCAGCGACUCGCCGCAGAACUGGCCCAACAACAACAGCAGCAGCAACAACAACAGCAGCAGCAACAGCUGCAGCAGCAGCAGCAGCAACAACAACUGCAGCAACAGCAACUGCUACAUCAACGACAACAACAACAACUGCAGCAACAACAGCGACAGCGACAACAACAACGGGUGGCGGCACAGAUGCAGCCGCCCCUGCUGCUAGACGAAUUCGAGAGCAUCUCGAGCAGCAGCGAGGAGGACAACAGCAGCGUUGAGGGCGACGACGAAGAGGAUGAGGAGGAUGGCAGCAGCGACGACGACGAUGACGACGAUGACGAUGACGGCGACGAGGAUAAAGGCGAGGAUGAGGACGAGGACGACAGCGACAGCAGCGAGAGCAGCAGCAGCAGCGACGAGAGCGACGAUGAUGAUGUCAUAUUGGUGGAGCAGGAUAGUACAUCGGGCGAAACGGUAACCGCAACGGAGACAACCGAUGACGGUGAGCCCUCGAUCGAUAAGCUCGAUAUUAGCGACAAUCCGGAAAAGAUCUACUAUAUAAGGCGCGCCGAUGGCACCGUGCACGCCGGCCAGGUGCUGCAGUCGCGCGUCACCGACAACUGCGUCAGUCCCAACGAGUAUUAUGUGCACUAUGUGGGCCUGAAUCGACGCCUCGACGAAUGGGUUGGCCGGCAUCGCAUAUCGGACAAUGCGGAGGAUCUCGGCGGCAUAACGGUGACCAGCGAGCCGGCCGAGCUACUGGCCUGCGAUCAGCCCAGCACAAGUGCCAGUGCCAGUGCCAGUGCCAGUGCCAGCGCCAGUGCCAGCGCGAGCACCAGUGCCAGUGCGAGCGCUAGCACCAGCGCCAGCGCGAGCGCGAGCAGCAGCAGCGCCAACAGCCAGCAGAGCUCCGGCAGCAUGAUGAGACGCAAGCGACAGGGGCACAAGGAUUACUAUUUGUCUGCGUGCGAGAACAAUCGGUACGAUUACAGCGACCGAAAGAUGACGCGCUACCAGAAGCGACGCUACGAUGAGAUUAAUCAUGUGCAGAAGAGCCAUGCAGAGCUGAGCGCCUCGCAGGCGGCGCUCGAGAAGGAGCACGAGUUCAUCACGAAAAUCAAAUACAUUGAUAAGCUACAAUUUGGCAAUUAUGAAAUUGACACCUGGUACUUUAGUCCCUUUCCGGGUGAGUACGGCAAGGCGCGCAUUCUGUACGUGUGCGAAUAUUGCCUGAAAUACAUGCGUCUGGAGCGGAGCUACAAGUAUCAUUUGGGCGAGUGCGAGGUGCGCCGGCCGCCGGGCAAGGAGAUCUAUCGCAAGAGCACCAUCUCCAUAUUCGAGGUGAACGGCAAGGAUCAGCCGCUCUAUUGCCAGCUGCUGUGCCUGAUGGCCAAACUGUUUCUCGACCAUAAGGUGCUCUAUUUUGAUAUGGAUCCCUUUUAUUUCUAUGUGCUCUGCGAGACCGACAAGAUGGGCAGCCACAUUGUUGGCUACUUCUCCAAAGAGAAGCGUUCCCUCGAGAACAAUAAUGUGGCCUGUAUUCUGGUGUUGCCGCCGCAUCAGCGCAAGGGCUAUGGCAAGCUAUUGAUUGCCUUCAGCUAUGAGCUGUCGCGCAAGGAGGGCGUCAUUGGCAGCCCGGAGAAGCCGCUCUCCGAUCUGGGCAGGCUCAGCUAUCGCAGCUAUUGGGCCUAUACGCUGCUGGAGUUGAUGAAGGGACGCUGCUCGGCGGAACAGACGAGCAUAGCGGAGCUGAGCGAAGCCAGCGGCAUUACGCCCGACGACAUCAUCUAUACCCUGCAAUCCAUGAAGAUGAUCAAGUACUGGAAGGGCCAGAAUGUUAUCUGUGUAACGGCCAAGACCAUCAACGAUCAUCUGCAGCUGCCCCAGUUUAAGCGACCCAAGCUGACCAUCGAUUUGAAUUAUCUCAACUGGAAGCCACAUGCGCCUCUUCCGCCGCUCCAGCGGCUCCAAUAGCUAGACGGCAGCACUUACAUUUAAAUUUAUCUAUACCCUUUAAUUUUUUUUUUUUUUGUUUAAUAUAUUUUUUUUUUUUUGCAUUGCCAAAAUAUCGCGUAUUGUUGCCGAUAUGAUCAUGAUGUGAGUGUACUAUUGUAGACAAUUUAAUGCAUAAGUAAUUUUUUUUAAAACAAUUUUUUUUUUUUUCGUAGUCUUUACAUUAAUUGAGGUUAACAAGCAUGAAAAACCAAAACAUCUUAUAGAGUCUUGAUUUGAGGUACAUCUAUUGAAAUCGCGAUUAUGGUAAUUAAGUUUUGAAUCCGAAUCGAUUUUAAGCAAUUAAUAAAAAUAAUAAAAAAAAA